CUCAACUGGCUUCCCCACCCACCCUGGAAGACAUGGCAGUAUAGGGAGGGGCUCUUGGUACCCAUCCCUGCCCGCCCUCUGACUCGACCAGACAGAAAGACUCAUAGCCUCCUCCAAACCACAGCUUCUAAGGAGAGUUGAGAGCUGGAGAGAUCUUCCAAAAUUCAGAGGUCUACUAUCACCAGAUCCCAGAACACCUCCAUUGAGGAGAUAGAUCAUUUCUGUCUAUUCAGAUCUGAGACAUCAACCAACAUCAUUCCUGGAUUCUGAGUCCUGCCAAGAAGAUCAUACUCUUUAUUGGAUCACAGACUCUUUGAGAAAAAUCAUCCAGUCCUCUCUGUAGACAGAGAAGGUUUCCUGACUGCUCUAAGGACGACACCACUUCUAGGAAGCCUGUUAUCUCUUGGUCCCAGUCUGGAUCCUUCAUUUCCAAGUGACUGACACCAAUCCCUCUUGUCCCCUGCUACUGAUUCUAUCCCCACUAUGGUCACCUACAAAGUCAGGGUGGCCACAGGCAAAGACCUGAUGUCUGGGACGUUUGAUUGCAUUUCAUUGACCGUGGUGGGAACUUUGGGAGAGAGCCACAAGCAACGGCUGGAUCAUUUUGGGAGAGAUUUUGCCUCUGGAUCAAUUGAUAGGUACACCAUCCAGUGUGAUCAGGACCUGGGGGAGCUCAUUCUCAUCCGCCUUCACAAGGAGCGUUCUACCUUCUUCCCUAAGAACUCCUGGUACUGCAACUAUGUUCAGAUCUGCACUCCUGCGUGCAUCACCUACCACUUCCCUGUCUACCAAUGGAUAGAUGGCUAUGAGACGUUGGAGCUUCGAGAGGGCACAGGGAAGACAGUAUUAGAUGAAAACCUCCCUAUCCUGUUGACCCAUCGUCAGGAAGAGCUUAGAGCCAAACAAGACUUCUAUCGCUGGAGAGUCUUUGUUCCUGGACUUCCAAACUAUGUGCACAUUCCCAGUUACCAUCCUCCUGUUCGGCAUCGUAACCCUGAUCGGCCAGAAUGGAAUGGCUACAUCCCAGGAUUUCCAAUUCUCAUCAAUAUUAAAGCCACCAAGUUUCUAGACUCAAAUCUAAGAUUUUCUGCUAUCAAGACAGCCUCAUUUUUCCUCCGCUUGGGACCAGCGUCCUUGGGAAUGAAAAUUCGGGGACUGUUAGAUGAGAAGAGAUCAUGGAAAAGGCUAAAGGAAAUCCGCAAGAUCUUCCCUGCCACCAAAACUGCCAUCUCUGAGUAUGUAUAUAAUCAUUGGAAGGAGGAUCAAUUCUUUGGCUAUCAGUACCUCAAUGGCAUUAAUCCUGGCCUGCUGAAACGUUGCCUCUGCCUCCCAGAGAAAUUCCCUGUGACUGAUGACAUGGUGGCCCCAUCCCUGGGUGAAGACACCUGCCUGCAGGCUGAAUUGGAGAAGGGAAACAUCUACCUGGCAGACUACAAAAUCCUAGAGGGCAUCUCUGCUGUACAGCUUAAUGGAAGGCAGCAAUACCAUUGUGCCCCACUCUGCCUGUUGCACUGUGGACCACAGGGGGACAUGAUGCCUAUCGCUAUUCAGCUCAGUCAGACUCCUGGCCCUGACAGCCCCAUUUUCCUUCCCACUGACCCUGAGUGGGAUUGGCUCCUUGCCAAGACCUGGGUGCGUUAUGCUGAGUUCUACUGCCAUGAAGCCAUUUCUCACCUACUGGAGACUCACCUGGUAGCAGAAGCUUUCUGUCUGGCCACCAUUCGGCAACUGCCCAUGUGCCAUCCACUUUAUAAGCUUGUUAUCCCUCACACUCGAUACACCAUCCAGAUCAACAGCAUUGGUCGUGCUCUCCUCCUGAAUGAAGGUGGCCUGUCUGACAGGGCAAUGUCUCUAGGACUAGCGGGUUUUGCUGAGGUGAUGUGCCGAGCUCUUGCUGAGACUAAAUAUGAGGAUCUCUACCUUCCCAAUGACUUCAUCCGUCGUGGGGUACAGGACCUGCCUCGAUACUAUUACCGAGAUGACUGUCUGGCCGUGUGGGAAGCUCUUGAGACGUAUGUGUCUGAGAUCAUCAAUUAUUACUACCAGAAUGAUGCUACCGUGGAAGGAGAUACCGAACUACAAGCUUGGGUGCUGGAGAUAUUUAACGAGUGCUUUCUGGGUCGGGAGAGCUCAGGAUUCCCCACCUGCAUAAAGACAGUGCCUGAGCUCAUCCGUUAUGUCACCAUUAUCAUCUACACUUGCUCAGCCAAGCAUGCUGCUGUCAACACAGGACAGCUAGAGUACACAAGCUGGAUGCCCAAUUUCCCAUCAUCUAUGAGGUGCCCACCCAUGCAGGAGAAGGGGCUGACCACUGAAGAGAGUUUUAUGGAAUCAUUGCCUGAUGUGAAAACCUCAUGCAUUGUGCUCCUUGUGCUCUGGACCCUUAGUAAAGAACCUGAUGACAAGAGACCCCUGGGUCACUUUCCUGACAUUCACUUUGUUGAGGAAGCACCAUGGAAGAGCAUGCAGAAUUUGAAAGAGCGUUUGACCCAAAUUUCCUGCAACAUCCGAGAACGGAACAAGACUCUUCCCAUUGGCUACUACUAUCUAGACCCUGCCUUAAUUGAGAACAGCAUCUCUAUCUAGAUGUUUUCUCCUGGUCCCCAACUGUAAUGCGUACAUAUGCAUGUAUGGACAUGAUACAUAUCAUUCAGGGUCUCCAGCCCUGAUUCUUCUUGAGGAGCUGGGAAACCCAUCUUCCUUUGAGGGAGGAAUGAUUUACCCUUCUGUGGAUUCCUACUUUGUACCACCCAACACACCUUGAACUCUGUUCUUAAACACACACACAUACACACACACACACACACACACACACACACACACACACAUUUCUAGUUGUGUCAAUGUGUAUGAUUUAGGAGUAAGAAAAGUUUGAAUUGUACAAAACAUACUGGGACAGGACUAGGUCUUGACAUCAUUUACUAGUAUCACCGGCAUUUCUGGAGGCUUUAGAACAAAGGAAGGCACAGACCUGCUUUGAGGGGGUGGAGGAGGUAGAGUCUGGAGACAGGAGUGAGAGAGAAGAAAGUGAUAAGGGCUUCAAAUUCUGGGAUCCAAGGCUGGAAUGUGAAGGCUCUAGAAUUAGAUUGGAAGUAGGCAUCAAGAUUUCUUGGCUUUCUAGCUCAAAAUAUGAUGCUGGAUAAGCUGAUGUUUUCUCUAGGGUGGGAAUAGAGAGAGGGCUCUGUUAUAUAGCAACACUGUUCUCUAUAUGGAGAGGAUCAAGGUAGGUAUAAGGCAGGUCUAGGCCCUUAUUCCGUUCCUGGAUGUCUUGGGAGAUCUGGACCAGGCGACUCUGGAAGGCAGCUAUACUUUGUUUGGGGGCCUCCUCCGUGAAGUGCACCUCUGGGUAGGUACCCAGGAGCCUCUGUGAAUAAUGGAGAAACAGAUGGAACUGAGGUAUCUGAGGUUCUCCCUUCCUCCCCCAGAUUUGAACUCCCAACUCUCUUACACUCUGGUUUCCCCCAUCUGGGAAUCAAACCAGGUCAAACCUCUCAGUUUUGCCCUGAAUCUAAAAUCCCUCUGAUCAGGUCCUAGCCCCAAUAAGAAACUGCUUGGCUUACCAUGUCUCUGUCCUGGUCACUGACAACCCAGAAGAGUAUCAGGGCAUGGCAAGCUGUGGAGACAUCCCCGAGGGAUCCUAGAAAGUCUGCAGUGCCCUUAGUUAUGGGUGGAGGCAGUCUCAUGGAGGUGGGAAUGUUGGGUACCCAGGCACUGAAGUCAAACUGACACACACAAAUGCAUCCACAGAUAGUUAAGUCAGGACCCAAGGCUUCCAGCUCCCUUCAGGGGACCCUCCUUUCCCAAUUCUAAGUCACAAUGUUCUCCCACUCCCACUCCCACCUCCCUCCUAAUCUUGAGUUCUUAGAAAUCCAGGACCUUGCCCCUUUGUUACCAGUUUUAUUCUUCUGAGAUCUGAGCUCAAGACCAACUAGGCCCUCUCAGGGACCCAAAAUCAGUAAGAAGUUUAUGAGUCAGCUCACCUGUCCACUGUUGACUGCAGCAUGCUGAGCAGAAGAGUUGAAAAUAAUCAUAGUGAGAAACUGAACCAGGUCCUGCAGGGUCUCCAGGCAAGUGGGGAUACCUGGAGAGACAGCAAGAACUAAGGGGCUAGAUAUCUAUUUCUGAGAGAAACCAGUUCUGGUGGGAGAUGGGAAAACUGAGAUGUUAGGAGCAGAAACCUAUACCUGAGCAUUCUUGGCCCAAAAAGCCCUCCAUGAAGAUUUCCUGGACCCAGGCCUGGAGUUCUGAGUCCUGGGAGACAGAUCUGUCCUCUGGGUAGUAGAUGUCAAUGAUAUUUGAGACGAAUCUGAAAUAGUAAAUAUUUUACUAAAUACCUGUACAUUUACCGUGUAUUCAGCAUACCCAGUAUAGAAGGGGAUUGAUCAAUUAAUCAGUGAGCAAGCUGGUGCUAAUUUCCUUAUUCUAAAGGUGAAGAAAUAGAGGCAAAAUGACUUGGCCAAGGUUACUUGCCCAGGUGUUAUGAGGGGAAAGGAUUAUAAGGAAAGGCUUAGAGUUAGUGACACAAAUGUAUAAUGAAUGAGGUGAAUAGUCCUGCUGGCUUGGAGGACAGGAUGCUUAUUGGGUGGUAAUAGGAGAGAAGGUUAGGACAAAAUAAUCUAUCAGUCAAUAUUUAUUAAGAGCCUAAUAUGUACCAUUUACUACUACUACUACAUAUAUUAUGCUAAAUGCUGGGGAUACAAAAAGAGACAAAAGACAAUUGCUUCACUCAGGGGGCUUGCAAUCUACUAUGGGAGUAACUGGCAAGCAAAUCUUAUGCCAAACAAACUAUAUAUAAGUAGAGAAUAAGUAGGAAGUAGUUAAGAGAAGAAAGGUACUAGAAUUAAGAGGGGUUAGGGAAAGCUUCUUGUAGAUGAUGGGAUUUUAGAUGGGACCACAACACAGAGAAACUUGAAAAAUCAAAGAAAAAAUAGUAAGAAACUAGAGACCAUUGUAGAUUCUUGAGCAGUGACAUAAAAAUAAUGUUUUAGGGAGAUCAAUCUGAUUGCUGUAUACAAGAGGAACUGGAGAAAGAGAAAGACAGGAGGGAAAUCAAUUAUGAAAAAUUACAUCAGGUAGGUAAGAGGGGAUAAAAGUUUAAACUAGAAUCCUAGCAGCAAAAGGUUGAAAGGAGGAUACCAUUAAGAGAAAUUUUGAAAGAAUCAAUAGCAAUAGGUGUCUCAUGGGAUGUAGAGGAGUGAGGGAAAAGUAAAAGUUAAAAAAAACUGGCACUCCAAACCUGAGUGACUAGGAGUAUGGUUCUACCAACAGAAACUGAGACAUUAAAAUAAGCAAGUCAAAGAAAAAGCUAGAAAAUACGAUAUAGAAAGGUAAAAAAUGGUGCCAAAAUCUAGCUCUCUAAGGAGAAUUAGAGAUUGUAGAAUAUAAAAGGCAGGCAGAGGUGUAAAGUCGUACAGAGAAACAUCUGGAGGUCUUGGACCCAUGGGUCCUAAUCUUCACCUUUCCACAGCAUCCCAGAUCUGCAGCCCAUCAUCUCUAUAGUGAUAAUUGGCAAGACCCUGUACCCCUCGAUCAGCCAAGUUGUGGGGUAAGCAGAGGGAACGGUAGGUGAGGAUUUUCAUCCCUCUGGCUACCAGUUCAAGACAGCCAAGGUGUCCUAAAGCUGUAGACUGCAAUGAAACAGAG